AUGGCCGAGCCGCCCGAAGGGACCGAGCGGACCGAAGGGACCGAACCGACCGAGCUGACGGAGCUGGAGGCGGCCAUCGAGCGCAUCGUCACCGUGUUUGUCACCUUCGCCGCCAAGGAGGGCAGGAAGGGGACGCUGAGCACCGGCGAGUUCAAGGAGCUCGUGCGGCUCCAGCUGCCCAACAUGAUGAAGGACGUGCCCUCGCUGGAGGAGAAGAUGAGCGAGCUGGACGUGAACAACGACGAGGAGCUGCGGUUCGGGGAGUUCUGGCGGCUCGUGGGGGAGCUGGCCAAGGCCGUGCGCAGGGACAAGGCGGCCAAGAAGUGACAGAGAGGCCUCUAAAAAAUAAAACAAAAAGGUUUUCCCCGA